GGAUUAUCAUUUUCUUAAUUUUUCUUUUGAGUUUUCUUUGUGUUUCUUUUUUCUUCUAUGGUUGGUUGUUGCUGUUGAAUUAUCUUUGUUUGCAUUUUGGUCAAUGAGGUUUUAAUUUUUUUUUUUCAUUUUUGGAACUGAAAAAUGAAGCAAGAGUUAUCUUGGUAAUAGUUUCUUGGAUUUCCACCUUUUUUUAUUCUUUUGGUGAUUGAUAAAAGCAAUCUGUAGGAUGGUUUGAUGAUGGCUUCUUGUUAAUAUUUAUGUUUAUGGGAUCUAAAGUUGAGUUAUGGAUUUUGAUUUUUUUUAUUAGUUUUUAUGUGUUAGGGAGGAAGAUAAUAGAUUUUCAUGAUUAAUAUAAGUUAAAAGCAAUCUAUAUGGAUGGUUUAAUGGAGGGUUCUUGUUAUUUUUAUGUUUAUAGGAUCUAAAUCUGAGUCAAUGAUUUGGUUUUCUGAUUUUUAGAUUCUAAGCUUAAGGAAACUUGGGUAAUUUGGAGUGUAAUUUGAGUCCUACAUUGAUCAUUGGAUUCUGGAUUCCGUUGGUGUAAUUUGGAGAAGAAAUUUUGGAUAGAGAUCUCUUUUGUAUGAUCGGAUAAUCUGUAGAUAUGUCUAGUUUUGUCGGUGUUCUUGUCUCUGACCAAUGGCUUCAUAGCCAAUUCACACAAGUUGAGCUUCGCAGCCUUAAUUCCAAGUUUGUUUCAGUAAAGAACCAAAAUGGUAAAGUUACAGUUGGAGACUUGCCACCCUUGAUGGUGAAAUUGAAGGCUUUUAGUACUAUGCUUACUGAGGACGAGAUUAGGCAGAUAUUGAGCGAAUCCUAUAGUGACAUGAGCAAUGAGAUUGAUUUUGAAACAUUCCUCCGGGUGUAUUUAAAUUUGCAAGGUCAGGCUACAGGAAAAUUGGGUGGUCCGAAGAAUUCGUCAUCAUUCCUAAAGGCCUCCACAACCACUCUUCUUCACACAAUUAGUGAAUCAGAAAAGGCCUCUUAUGUUACACACAUAAACAUCUUUCUUGGGGAUGAUCCAUUUUUAAAGCAGUUUCUUCCGCUGGAUCCAGCUACGAAUGAUCUUUUCAAUCUUGCAAAAGAUGGAGUACUUUUAUGUAAGCUUAUUAAUGUUGCUGUGCCUGGAACAAUAGAUGAAAGAGCUAUCAACACAAAAAGGGUACUUAACCCCUGGGAGAGGAAUGAGAACCAUACACUUUGUCUCAACUCUGCAAAGGCUAUUGGCUGCACUGUGGUAAACAUUGGCACCCAGGACUUGGUGGAAGGAAGGCCUCAUCUCUUACUUGGGUUGAUAUCUCAAAUUAUAAAGAUUCAACUGUUAGCAGAUCUCAACCUUAAGAAGACACCUCAGCUCGUGGAAUUGGUGGAGGAUAGUAAUGCAGAUGUUGAGGAACUUAUGGGGUUAGCUCCUGAGAAAGUUCUACUAAAGUGGAUGAAUUUCCAUUUAAACAAAGCUGGCUAUGAGAAAACCGUUACAAAUUUUUCUUCUGAUGUGAAGGAUGCAAAAGCUUAUGCUUACCUGCUUAAUGUUCUGGCACCAGAGCACUGCAAUCCAUUGACCCUGGAUGCUAAGGAUGCUGCCGAAAGGGCUAAACUGGUACUUGACCAUGCACAGAGAAUGGGCUGCAAGCGGUAUUUGAGUCCAAAAGACAUUGUUGAGGGCUCAACAAACUUGAAUCUUGCAUUUGUGGCUCAAAUUUUUCAUCAAAGGAAUGGCCUGAGUAUAGAUAGCCAAAAGAUUUCUUUUGCAGAAAGGAUGACAGAAGAUAUGCAAAUUUCCAGAGAAGAGAGAUGCUUUCGACUGUGGAUCAACAGUCUUGGAAUUGAGAGUUAUGUUAAUAAUGUCUUUGAAGAUGUCAGAACUGGAUGGAUACUUUUAGAGGUGCUUGAUAAGGUUGCUCCGGGAUCAGUCAACUGGAAGCAUGCAUCAAAGCCUCCAAUUAAGUUUCCAUUUAGAAAAGUGGAAAAUUGCAAUCAAGUAGUAAAGAUUGGGAAUCAGUUGAAAUUUUCCGUUGUGAAUCUUGGUGGAAAUGAUAUAGUGCAAGGAAAUAAAAAACUCAUAGUUGCUUUCCUAUGGCAAUUGAUGAGGUUUAAUAUGCUUCAACUUCUGAAGAGUUUGAGAUCCCGCUCCCGAGGAAAGGAGAUAACUGAUGCAGAUAUAAUAAAUUGGGCGAACAGGAAAGUCAACAGUACAGGGAGAACUACUCAAAUAGAAAGCUUCAAGGAUAAGAGCCUUUCCAAUGGACUGUUCUUCCUUGAACUUUUAAGUGCUGUGGAGCCAAGAGUAGUCAACUGGAACCUCGUAACCAAGGGCGAAAGUGAUGAUGAGAAGAGGUUGAAUGCAACAUAUAUCAUAAGCGUGGCUCGAAAGCUUGGGUGCUCCAUUUUCUUGUUGCCUGAGGACAUCAUGGAGGUAAACCAGAAAAUGAUCCUCACUUUAACAGCCAGUAUAAUGUACUGGUGCAUUCAACAUGCAGUGGAAGAGGGUGAGACAACUCCGUCGCCUGGUAAUGGCAACGGUAGCAGUUAUUCAUCGGAUGCAUCUCCAGCACCAUCCAUUAGUGGUGAAGACGAAAGCUCCUCACUGAGUGGUGAAAUCUCAAGCUUAACCAUCGAUGAUACUGCCUCGGACAUUACAGUCUCAUCAUCUCAAUUUGAGAGUGAAGAUACUACCAUUGAAUAGGGCAUAUGGAAUGGCAAACCAUGUACCUCCAUAUGGUUGCAGUUAGGUGGAGAUCAUCCCCAUCAAAGUAACAGCAGAUGUGCAUCAACUCAUCCUACUAGACCCUGAAAAUAUUGCUUUCCUCUCAUUUUUUUUUCUCUUUUCAGAAGUAAAACAUAGGAAACAGAAAAAUCUCUCCUUGAAACACUGUAAAAAGAAGAAACAAAUCUGAACCGGCUACGUUUUGCGGGAACAUUUUUUUUGUUGUUUUCCUCUGUUUUUUAAGCGGUUCAACUGUAUUUUAGAUGAUAUUCUUUGACAAUAACAGCAUAAAUGUUACAAAUGGUAUACUCUUACUGUGAAUAUUGUUCACAAAUGUGUUUUAACAUUUGACCAUAAUAUUUUAUUAUGAAGAUUC